CUUCCACCCCUGCCGCCAGCUCCUUCUGUCAUGGCGCUCUUCAAGCAGAUGCGGGCGAACAUGGGGAAGCUGCUGAAAGGGAUCAACAGGUAUAACCCAGAGAACUUGGCCACCUUGGAAUGCUAUGUGGAGACCCAGGCCAAGGAGAACGCCUAUGACCUGGAGGCCAACUUGGCCGUGUUGAAACUGUAUCAGUUCAACCCUGCCUUUUUCCAAACCACGGUGACCGCCCAGAUCCUGUUGAAAGCCUUGACCAACCUGCCCCACACUGACUUCACCCUCUGCAAGUGCAUGAUCGACCAGGCUCACCAAGAGGAGAGACCCAUCUGUCAGAUCUUAUACCUGGGCGAGCUUCUGGAGACCCGCCACUUCCAAGCCUUCUGGCAAAUGCUGGAUGAGAACAUGGAUCUCCUGGACAGGAUCACCGGAUUUGAAGAUUCCGUAUGGAAAUUUAUUUGCCACAUGGUGGGGAUCAUGUACCAGCACAUCGACUGGUGGUUGCUGGCAAAGAUGCUAGGGGAUCUCACAGACAACCAGCUGAAGUCCUGGAUGAGCAAGUAUGGCUGGAUGGAGCCGGAGCCAGGAACCAUCUUCAUCUGCAUUGUGGAGAAGAUAGACUUUGACAGCAUCUCCAGUAUCAUGGCUUCUUCACAGUGAGGCGACUGCUUCCCUGCGUGACUUAUAUCCAGUCGGCCGAGUUUAUUUCAGCCCUUCCUUUGUUACACAGCCAAUAAAUGUCUCCC